AUGUCAGGUGAAGACUGUGCUUCCCUGAGGGCAGACAAGCCAACUCAUAUCUUCUAUCUGAUCAUUUUAGCCAUUGAAUCCAUCAUAGGAAUUGGGGGAAAUGGAAUCAUUGUGGCUAUCAAUCUCACCAACUGGGUCAUGAGCAGUAGACUGUCCUCCUGUGAUAUGAUCUUGAUCUUCCUGAGCUUAUCCAUACUCUGCCUGCAGUCCUGGUUCAUGCUGAUGGUGGUUUGCAGCAUGUUCUAUCCAGCCUUUUACAACGAGGAUAAGGUAUACAAAAUUUUCAAUACCCUCGUCAUGUUCCUGAACUACUCCAGCCUCUGGUUUGCUGCCUGGCUCAGUGUCUUCUACUGUGCCAAGAUAGCCAGUUUCACCCAGCCUUGGUUCCUCUGGCUGAAGUGAAAAAUUUCCAGUCUGGUUCCAUGGCUGCUGGUAGAAUCAUCCCUUUUCUCCUUACUGAGCAGUUUUCCUUUCUUGUGGGACAUCUACAAUGUGUACUGCAACAACUCCAUGGCAAACACCACAAAGGGGACAAUUGCGAAGGAGAUCAAUUUGUUUCCCCAGAUUCUUCUCUACAACAUUGGGAUAUGUCUCCCUUUACUAGUGUUUGUUGCUUCCACUGUCCUGUUAAUAACCUCUCUGUGGAGACACACCAGGAAGAUCGAAAACAAGGCAACUGGCUUCACAGAUCCCAACACGGAGGCCCACAUGGGUGCCAUAGAAUCCAUCGUCUCCUUCCUCAUCCUAUACUUUUUCGAUUUUGUUGCUUUGAUUCUCACAUUAGCUAACAUCUUCUCAACUAACAGCAGCUGGGAUGUCAUCUGUAUAGUUGUAAUGGCUGCUUAUCCCAUGAGACACUCUAUUAUCUUGAUCUUGGGCAAUCCCAAACUGAAACAGGUAUCAGCCAGGAUUCUGCACUAUGCCAAGUGUCACUUGAGAAGCAGGUCCAUGUAA